AUGAAUGUUUCAAAUUCCCUGAAUGCAGUGACAGAGAUCAGUGGCAAGCUACCUGACGAUAAUAAUUUACAACGGUCCUGCGUGUUGAAGUUGGAUAAACCUAAUAGCUUUUUACGAGUGAGUACUCGAAGGAAUGACAACAAAAGAGGUGAGAGUAGAGUCAGAUUGAUAGAAUAGUUUAUCAAACACUUCACAAGACGAAGUAAAUAGGAAGGCGACAGGAAGUAAGCCGCCAUACCCGCAGCUUACUUCCUGACGCCUAUUUACACUUCGUCAGAAAAAAGGCAGCUAAUUAGUGAUCGUAUAAAAGGACCUCUUGUUGCAGCGUUUAGAUCACCCCUGUUGAAAGCACUAGACAGGAGUGCCGUAAAGUGGGUCUAUGAAUUGUACCUUCUUCGGUUACAUUAAUUAAAUCUUUAAACCAGAGUAGCAUCAAACCAUGUAUGUUGGUUUCAUUACCAGAAUAUUCCGCUUCAGCAAUCCGAAGCUGUUCUCGAAAUUUCCAAUAUUGGUGACCCUUAUCAAUUUAGGUCCGCUUUGCAACUAUUCCUACGGCCGUUUUCUGCUUGCACAGUCAGUUAUGCAGAUAUCAGAGUCCCCUCUUUCGAGAUUUACGAUGAAAACUUACGCUGAAUCGUUCGGUCAUGUAACCGGCGGGUGGACCAAUUUGUUUCUGACUGCGCAGGGAGAUAAGUAACUAUUUGACAAGAUCAAUAAUCCCUCCAGUAUUGUCUGAAGUCCAGAAGUUAGACAGUAUCUUUCCUUAUAUCAGGCUUAUUUUAUCCUUCAUGGUGCUUUCGUAGUUGAAGACGUUUUGCGAAGUGGGGAGUUUUGCUCGACAACCUCUAAUUUUGAAUCAUUUUCCAAAGGAUGCCAUCUCACUAAUCUGAAAACGUAAAAAUAGACGGAGAGAAAUAAAGUAGAUUUUCAUUCUGAUACAUAGAUCUUUCUCUUAAUUUUUUUUUUCACAUUUGUGGCUCAUUUGGUCAGAAUAGCGCUCUGCUAAUAACCGUAGAGAAGCGGGUCCCUCUCAAAUUAAGCCUUGUAUAAUUUUUUAACUGCAGUGUCUUAAAAUGCAGUCAACCACUGGAGAUUAAUUCGUCAUGUCCCAGCUUGAUACUGGUGGGAAAUAUAAGGCAAGGAUCUUUCUAAAUUCACCAUUAUGUAUAGAAAUUUGAUGAGCUACGUGAGCGAAUAUCCCACUUGAAUUUGAAAGACAAAUUGUGUCUCCAGUAGGCAGUCCAGCUUGAUUCAGAGACCAGCACGCGAGCAAUACUAGUAGAGUAGCACACUGUCCCCACGUUUAAAUAGGAAAUUGCAAACUGUAAUCUUCUCUCUUAAGGUUUCUUGCAUGUUUUUCUGUACCACGCCGAUGGAUCAUCCUUACUUGGUCACCUGAACGUUUCAGAAUCAUCAACAGUUUGGAACACUCUGAACAUUUGUCCCACCGGUGUGACUAAUAAUGUAACCACAGGGAAGAAGUUGUUAUCCGUGGUUGGAAAAGGCAGUGGGCUUUCCUUCACAGUGCAAAUAGCCGAAGGUGCAUCAGAAAUUGCGCUUGAUGAACCACACACAGUCGAUGUCCAGGGAGAUGAGGUGAGCGUGUUCCAGUUCAUUCCACCCCAAGGUAUCUCUGAUAAACAACUGGACAUUACUGCCACGUCACAGUCAAACCUUGCUGCUUACUUAAAGGUAUCACACAUAUGCGAAGAUGUUCAGGAAAACUUAGAAGUUGUGGAUUACAAAAAGGAAUCUCUUCGACUUUCCUUUGCCACAAAAGGACGGAUAACUUUAUCCAGAGCUUCCAUUCCCUCUUUAACUGAUUCCACCUCUAGAUGGUUCAUUGGAAUUGGUUUGAAGAACGUGUCAGGUAACGUCAAAUUUAGUGAGUCAAAAAAUGUCACUUUAAAGCUGACAAGGUCGUUUGAUUAUAACUAUGCCACACCUGUUUCUGCCCUAUUACUCGCAUCACUUCUGGGUGGUAUAGUAGUGUCUAUCAUGGCACAUUUUCUUUUUAAAGAGUCCCUCUCUGAGAUAAGGUUUGGUGGCGCAACUGUAAUGGCCAACACGAAUGGUGCGAUGGGUAUACAACUCCAGUCCCUUCCACCAGGUGAUCAAGCCAAUAGUAAUCGAAUUCAAACUAACCUAAAAAUUUCAUGUCGCGAUCUGUGGGAGGUAAUCAGAUAUCACUGGUUUUCCUUUGGUCCAAAGACCUAUUCCUACAUCACAGGUAUUGUGGGUAAUGUGCUUAUGGUAGGUGCUUUUCAGUUCGUGUUUGCAAACUGGUAUACGAUGAUUCAGGAAGGGAACAGAGAUAAUUGUUACUACAACGACUUUUGUUAUAGAGUUGCAAAUCAUGAUAUUCCGUUUAACUUGAUGAUAAGUAACUUACCAUAUAUAGUCCACGGUCUAAUCUUAGCUGUGUGGGUACUGAUACUGGAAACCAAGCUAAAUGUGCGGUUCAAAAGCAUCGCGGCCAGCCGCACAGGCACUGGAGCCGCCGUGGCAUGGGGACCCGAGCUACCAAACCAUGUUCUGUUAUGUCCUGAAACUUACUUUCAUAUUUUGGAAGGAGGUAUUCCAAACAUAAUCAUCGCAGAGCCUGAAAGAAAAAAAAUUAUUGUCGCAGCACUGAAAAAGAAGUACUGUUAUUCCAUUGGGUAUGCGUUUUCCUGGGCUUUGGUUUUCCAGGGAUUAUUUUCCACUCUUUACCACUUAUGCCCGAGCAGCUUCACAUUUCAGUUUGAUUCGGCUUUUAUGUUUAUCAUAGCUGGUUUAUCCGUGCUGUUUUUGUAUAAUGGCUUUGAGCAGAAUCGUUGUCCUUCUUCCGAAAAUGUGAAGUACCCUGUGGGUGCCUCUAAUUUCUUCCUUUUUUUUAUUGUGCCUCUCUUUAUUUUUAACUACUUCGGUACGCUCUUUAACUCUGAUUCUGGGCUUAGCAAACCACUACAGAACUUUUUCUUCGCAUUCCUGAUCAUUUGGUGGCUUUUGAUGGUUUAUUGGGCUUUUUAUAAGUUAAAUAUCCACCAAGGAUUAUGCCGAAAUGCAUGUAAUUUGUUUUUAUUCAUUUUGGGUGGCCUGGUAGUACCCUUGGGGCUCUUUUUGUGUUUUUUGUUCACCAAUCUGUCACAGGUGUUUCUGUAUACCUGCAUUAUUUGUAGCAUCAUUGCUGUCCUCGCUAAACUUAGGCCCUGGAGAAAGCUGUGCUGUUGCUGUGAAUGCAGGCGCAAUUGCCCAACGGCCAAGGAAAUUUAUCAAAGGCUUUUCAUCUUCGUCACUUUCAUCGUUUUGGUCGGAGCUUUUGGCGUUUUCAUAUCGCUGCCCACCACAAGCAAAUCGUCGACGCCAGAAAACUCCCGUGACCAAAACGAAGAAUGUGCUUUUCUGGAAUUUUUCGAUUGGCACGAUCUUUGGCAUUUUUUGUCCUCCUUUGGUGUCCUAAUGGCCACAAUUGUUAUCAUGUUUUUAAGUUCUAAACCCGUGUAAAAGUCGUAGGCUUCAGAAUAUGUAAUGCAAGGGAGUGCAAUGUAAAACUCCACAUAAUAGAGAAGUUUUCAACUGCAUGUCAAAAUUAAUCUAGGAUUGCUUUGUUUGCUUUAUUUCGGUCUGUGAAUGGUGUAGAAAACGCGCACAUUCUUCAACCACUUAGAUGCAAAACAAAAAUAAAUCGCGACUUUGUCCACCGCGAUUUCCCGCGCUAUUAGUAGUUUGCUUGUAUAAUUUGUGUUCUCAUCGGCUGUUGAUAAUGUUAACCAUCGUUAUGAUUGCUUGUUAGGAUUUAGAGGUUUUGGUUUUUCGAAAGUCAGUUGAAAACUGCUCUUACAGACGCGGUGAUGAUGAUGGGAUUUAGACUAUAAAGGAGGUAAGUUUCUGAAGAAAGUAUGAUGCUGCGUCGGUGAGAGAGUAUAACAGGGUAAUUUAGUGUUAUCAACUAAGUUGAUGAUGUAAAUUGGCCACUGUACAGAGUUUUAAAGCUGACGUUUUGAGUGUUAGCCCUUCGUCAGAGCGAAUGGUUUUUCGUUUUUCGAAUUUAGAUUAUAGCCGCGGUGAACAUAGUCUCCUAUACUAGUAGGAUUUAACAUUAGGCCUUCAUGUCAAGUAAAUAUCGGAUUGUGUUGGUUUCACUUUGGUGAAAUCAAAAGGCAUUUUGAAUUUAAAAUGGAAGCAUGGGGCAAGUACAGGUGGUGAUGGACAGUGGGUCCAUAAACUCUUCAAUAGUCGCCAAAGGACACUUAAUAUGUAGAAGGUUUUGAAAAACUGAUACUCUUGUAAGAUAAUCGCAAGGCACGUAUUAUUGUUUAUCAAACCAGUUACAAGUAUAGUAAUCAAGAGAGAGAGAUUAUGACUAGACGAGAGUUAAAUGUACAUUGUAAAUAACUUGCUUUUCAAACUCGCAUCCGGGUAUUCUUAAAACUUACUCAGCCAAGUAUUGCUAAUAAUCUUUUUCACUUCAGCUAACAGUAUAACCAGCUAGUAUUGAACAAUAUUGGCCACCAAUAGAAAGUAAGAUAUAAUCGUCCUAGAAGUUAUAGUCUCUGUUAUAAUACCAGGAUACUAGUUUAUUAUAUGGCAUUAUGUCAGUUAAAAGGUACCUUUGUAUUUACUGAAUUUAAGAAGAAUUAUAAUAAUAAACAGUGCGUUGGAUUGUAUACUCGUGCAGAAUAACACAUCUGCUAAACAAUCAGUAGCCGAGAACUAUUUGUACCUGAGUCGAAUUGAUCCGGGUUGGUCAUAGCUUUGUUUUUCUUCGCUUUAUGACUGGCUCAGGAAACUUCGGCCACCCCACCAACUACCAAUCAGAUGCAAAACUAAACGUAAUCGAGACUUGAUCGCCCGCGUUUUCCCGCGCUUCAAACUGUUUGCUUGUUAUUACUCCGGGCACUUAUUGACUCGGGUAAUAUUUUGCUGUGUUUUCGUUGGCUGUUGAGAUUGCAAAUCGUUUUGGUUCAAAUGCGCUCUAUGAUGAGCCUCUUGUGAGUGGUCUUUCACAGAAUUGAAGAAAAUGAACGACACUCCUUAAAUUUAAAAACAUAUUUCGACAGUUCUUCUGUUAUCUUCAGUUCUGAAUAAUACCAGGUGCAAAGUUAAAUUUUAAGUGUGUAACAAAAUGCUGAUUGGACAAAACAAACAAUAAUAAAAAAACAAAGUAUGCGUUUAUAAGGAAAGUUUUAAAUUAACAUGAUAAACGGUUAAGAAUAUAUGAAGGUCAUAUAUUUGAACUGUGGAUAAAGACGUGAAUGAAAGUGAUCCUCGCAGCCGUUAACCGUUUAUUUAAUCACUUCACGGGUUUAUUUAGAACCAACAUCAUGACCAGCUCCCAGUUGGCUUGUUAGCUCAGUCGGUAGAGCGCUGCACCGGUAUCGCAGAGGUCAUGGGUUCAAAUCCCGUACAGGCCUGAAUUUUUUUCAGGCCUUAUUUUCACUACUGCCUAAGUAGUGCACAUUACUGCGAGGAUCACUUUCAUUCACAUAACAUGAUAAAGUUGGUGAUUAAGUGUAGGUUUCUCCCAUUAAAUAUGGACACCUUCUUUGAUUUUAAGUUGAAAAGUUGUGGGAGCGUGAUCUAAGAUGUUAAAACAUUCACAAGAACAAAGAAUGCGAGUGAGUUAGCUUUGGUGGAUUCAGCCACAAAAAUAAAACAUGAGUAACUGAAUAUUCAUCAAAUAAAUUAUUUAAAACAAGACAAUAACCCAUUAUAACUAAGCUUUUGUCUUUCCAGAGUGUCAUGUUGAGAAUCAAUAAGACUUAAAAACCCCCGCCAGGUCUCUUGUCUGCACGCAGCACCGUCAACAAGAUAACGCCCUGUCUAAAUAAAGCGACGCAAGUCUUGCUUUUUAGGAUGUUUUCAAGCCUUUGAUAUUCCUUCCCACUCCUGUUCGUUUGGUGCCACACAACCUGUGGACAUCUUCAAGCAAAAUGUUCGUCCGGUAUGACUGUUUCAAAUGUCCAGAGUGGGGUGAAAGAGAUCACUGGCACAAUAUCCAUUAACAGCUACCUGCAGCUAUCUUGCGUUUUGAAGCUGGACAAACCCGGGAGCCUUUUACGCAUGAAAACAAAAAGGAAUGACAAGAAGAAAGGUGAGGGCAAAACCAGUUUGAUAGAGUGGUCUUACCUACUUCUAGGAGAGCGAAGUUUUGUUGACUUUCGGUUCAAUGAGAAUACAAAAUCUCUAUUUCUGUAUUGAUUUAAUUUCUUGAUUAUUCUUUAGUAAUCCGAAAGUGUUUUUGAAAUUUCCGAAAGUGGUAACUAUUAUCAAUUCAGGACUUUGCAGCUUUUCUAGAAGCAAUUCAUUGUUUGCACAGAUCAGGGUUCCUCCUACUUAUGAGACAUAUGAUUAAAACUUACUGAAUCCGGCGCCACUCAUGCAUUCUCCGGGGUGGUCGCCUCUUACAAAAGGACCUUAUUUCUGAAAAUUACGGUUAAACCAGAGCAUUAUUGUUGUGGCAUUCUACCAAUAAACAAAAAGCCAAAUCUAGACCUCUAGCAAUUUCGGGAUACACUGUCCUUGCAAGAGUAAAAGUGAAACUAGCGUUCCUGCAAGAAACUUUAAACACAUCGGCCUCCCCCCAUGCUGUUCUCGUACUUGGUUUUGUUUGACUAAUUUGCUUCUAACUGCGCAAUAUAUUUCAGAUGUCUAUAGUUUAUUCAGCCUACACACCCGUAUUGCGUUUCCAAAAGUUUUUCAGAUUCCAGUAGUCAGAGAGAUCAGUAGCUACUUGGAAGUGACGGGUUUCCCUCAUAUCCGUUGCAAAAGUUUGAUUUAGUCUUGUUCCGUCAUCUUAAGUAUGCAGACAGCUGUUUUUGUUUUGUUUUGGUUUUUUUUUAUUUCACAGCCUGCGGCGACCUACCAGCUCGAUAAGGGUCGGCACUCUCGAUCCUAUCAAGUGACCCGCUCACCCCCCCAUAAGUCUGAUUGUCUAAACAGCUUCUUUCUAUCAGUCUCUCAGUUCUUUGGUUUUUCAGGUUAAAGUAGAAAGUAGAAGUUAAGUUUCCAAAUCUGAACCAUGUUUCUAAGAGAUACUAUAAAAAUUAAAGGAUAUAGAGAAAUAAGAGUAGAUUUUGGCUCUGAUAUGUGGAACUUGGUGCAGAUGCAGUUAUCCUGUGAAGAUAUAUUCAUCAUUGCUGGUUUGAUUUUAUUAGGAGAAUAUGAGUCUGUGACCUUCCCUAACAUUCAUUACAAUUUAGAGAGAUUUGGAUAAAUGUGUGAGCUAAAUGUCUCUCUUGAAUUUACAAAUACAACACAGUCAGUGUCUCUAGCAAGAAGCCCGGCUGGAUUCAGAGACCAGCAGGCAAGCGAGCUAUUAGGGUGGACAUUAACCCCACAUUAGUAGGCUCUUAUGAAAUCCUAUUAUCAUCUGUUUUGGUAGUUAUGAUGUAUUCAUGUGCUAGAUUAUCCCCUUUAUUUUUAGGUUUCUUGCACGUUUCCUUGUACCAGCAAGUUGACUCGUCUCUACUUGGUCACGUGAACCUUUCAGCAUCAACACCAGUUUGGAAAACUUUAAGCAUUUGUCCAACCGGUUCGACCAAAAAAAAAACAUGGGAGAAGUUGUUAUCCGUGGUGGGAAAAGGCAUUGGACUUUCUUUCACAGUGCAAAUAACCGAAGGUGCAUCAGAAAUUGCGCUUGAUCAACCACACACAGUCGAUGUCCAAAGAGAUGAGGUGAGCGUGUUCCAGUUUAUUUCACCUCAAGGCAUCUCUGAUAAACAACUGGAUAUCACUGUCACAUCUCAAUCAACGGUUGCUGCCUAUUUGAAGGUAUCGCAGAACUGUAAAGAGGUUGAUCUCCAGGAAGACCUAGAGAGCAUAGAUUACCAGAAGAAAUCUCUUCGACUUUCCUUUGCAACGAAAGGACAGAUAACUCUAUCCAGAGUUUCCAUGCCCCCUCUGACCGAUUCUUUCCCUAGAUGGUUCAUUGGAAUUGGUCUGAAGAACUUCGAUGACGACAGACUUAAUGGGUCAAAAAAGGUCACUUUAAAGCUGUCAAGGUCGUUUGAUUACAAUUAUGCCACGCCUAUUUGUGUCCUAUUUUUUUUAUCACUUGUAGGUGGUAUAGUAGUAUCUAUCGCUGCGUAUUCUUUGUUCGAAGAGUCUCUCACCCAGGUAAAGCCUGGUGAUCAGGUCAAUGAUAAUGCUGCUUUAACAUGUGUCUUCUUUUUUGAAAUGUUGAAGGUAAUCAGAUAUCACUGGUUUUCCUUUGGUCCAAAGACCUUCUCCUAUAUUACAGGUAUUGUGGGUGCUGUGCUCAUGGUAGGUGCUUUUCAGUUCGUGUUUGCAAACUGGUAUACGAUGAUUCAGGAAGGGAACAGAGAUAAUUGUUACUACAACGACUUUUGUUAUAGAGUUGCAAAUCAUGAUAUUCCGUUUAACUUGAUGAUAAGUAACUUGACUUACAUAGUCCACGGCCUAAUCUUAGUCGUGUGGGUACUGAUACUGGAAACCAAGGUGAAUCUUCGUUGCAAAAGCAGAGCCGCCAAUGUUCAGGGAUCCAGGCUACCAGAACAUAAUCUGUCAUGUCCUGAAACUAACAUUCAUCAUUUAGAGGGAGGUAUUCCAGAACCCGAAAACCCCAUGGAAAUGGAAGAAAGGAAAAAAAAAGGAGAAAAUUUUUUUUGCCAAAGCAAUGAAAAAGAGGUACUGUUUUUCUAUUGGGUAUGCGUUUCCCUGGGGACUAGUCUUCGAGGGAUUAUUUUCCACCCUUUACCACUUCUGCCCAAGUAG